AUGCCAGGGUCCAUAGACUUUGAUCUAGUCGACUUCAGCGGCAACCCUAUGGAGAACGGAGUGGCGUCCAUAUACCGCAAUAUGAGCAUCAAUUCCAACGUCGACCUCACAGAAGCCGAGGCCAUCAUGGAUAUCUGCAUCCUCGCGUCCGGUGGCUUCUCUAACUGUUUCCUCCUGGUGGUCUUCUUCCACCACGGCACUAUGCACACCAACACGACAAGCUACCUAGUGAGUCUGUUCCUCUCGAACCUCGUCAUCCUCUUCGGCAUCCUCGGAGAGGUGCUGAAAACGUUCGUCGACGAGUCGUAUGACCUGGACCUCGACUACGUCGCCUUCGUCACCUUCGAGGCAUCCAUCGUCACCCUGACGAUAUUCAGCCUCGACCGAUACGUGGUCUUCUGUCGAAGGACGACCUGGGUAUGCAGAACCCUGUCGAAGACGUCCACCGCGGUCAAGGCCGUGCUGUUCAUUUGGUCUCUGGCCUCCAUGUUCAGCGCCAUGGAACUUCACCUUUACGCCCAGUUUCGGAGAGAAACCAUAGCCUACGUCUUCGCUGGCUCCACUUUCGUCUUCCUCGCUCUGCCUACUAUGGUUAUCCUCUCUCUUCAGGGUCUGGUCAUAUACGAGUUCCAGAGACCAGGGUCUCUCAUGCGAUCGGCCAAAACCAAGGAUAUCGAGUGCUUCCUUUUACUGGUUGGCCUGACUCUGGGAUUUUUCCUGACCAUGGUGCCAAACCGAAUAGCCCAAGCAGCCUAUUACGUGGACCCCUCGAUACACUGUCUCGCCUUCAACAUUAACGUCUGCUUCUUGGCCGCCAAAUUAUCGCCUCUCGUGAUGCCCCUUGUUUGUGCCAUCGCAUGGAAGAGGUUUCGAAAAGCUGCCAAGGAAACUCUUCGGGACUGCCGAUGUCGUUCUCACAGGGACUCCUGA